UCGUUAACCAAAUGACUUUUGUGGGAACAGAGCGGCUCAUCGCUGGAGGACUUAGACGACACAACGCUUUUGCCAAGAAGCCGAAGUCACAGGAAGCAUCGGAAGGUUCCUCCGUGGUCUUUGAAGCGGAAACCGAAAAACCCGACGCCAAAGUCAAAUGGCAACGCAACGGACGGGACCUCGCCGACAGCGACAAAUACGCCAUCGCAGCCAACGCAAACAAACACUCCCUCACCGUGAAAGAAGUAGCCCGUGAAGACGCGGACGUCUACUCAGUCAUCGCCGGGGGCUCCAAGGUCAAAUUUGAGCUCAAGGUCCUAUCAAAGGAGUCUUCCUGCCAACGAGAAGCUCCAUCUGAGGCUCCAGAGCCAAGUGUGUCACAAGAACCGCCUCCGGCUUCAUCCACACAGGAAGACACCAUGGUCCACUCGGUCCACGGCGCCCCCCCAUCGGAGGAUGGACACCCCCCAGACACCAGACAGGACCUGACUGGCCUCUUCACAGAGAAACCUCAAAGUGGAGAGGUCACUGUAGGUGGAAACAUUACAUUUGUGGCUAAAGUCAAUGCGGAAUCCCUGUUGAAGAAACCAACCAUCAAAUGGUUCAAAGGGAAGUGGAUGGACCUGGCCAGCAAGUCUGGGAAACACCUUCAGCUAAAAGAAUCCUAUGACCGCAACACCAAGGUCUACACGUUUGAGAUGCUCAUCCUGGAUGCUAAGGUUAACUUUGCUGGAGCUUACAGAUGUGAGGUUUUAUCCAAGGACAAAUUUGACAGCUGCAAUUUUCAACUGACCGUUCAUGAGGCUUGUGCUGCUGAGGGUUUUGACAUCAGAGCAGCUUUCAGACGCACUAGCACCGACGGCAGGGAAGAUUCAGGGGAAUUGGACUUCAGCACAUUGCUAAGAAAAAGAGCCGUGCAGAUCACCUCCGAGCCCGACGUGGACGUUUGGGAUAUUCUCAGCCACGCUCCCGCAUCGGAAUACGAGAAGAUUGCCUUCCAGCAUGGCAUCACGGAUCUAAGGGGCAUGCUCAAAAGACUGAAAAAGAUGAAGAAGGAGGAGAAGAAAAGCGCAGCGUUCCUGAAGAAGCUCGAUCCGGCUUACCAAGUGACAAAAGGACAUAAAAUAAAACUAGCUGUCGAGGUGGCUAAUCCAGAUGUUGACGUUAAAUGGCAGAAGAAUGGACAAGAAAUUCAACCAACUGGAAGCAAGUACAUUUUUGAGAGCGUUGGGAACAUGCGUUACCUCACCAUCAACCACUGCUCAUUGGCUGACGAUGCGGCAUACUGCUGUGCGGUGGGCGAAGAAAAAUGCACCACCGAACUAUUUGUUAAAGAGCCUCCUGUCCAGAUUAUGAAGAACCUGGAAGAUCAGAUGGUCAUGAAGGGCGAACGUGUGGAGUUCGAGUGCGAGGUGUCAGAAGAGGGCGCUAACGUGAAAUGGGAGAAGGACGGUACGGAGCUAACAAGAGACGAAUCCUUCAAGUAUCGCUUCAAGAAAGAUGGCUGCAAGCAUGUUCUGAUUAUUAACGAGGCCACGAAAGAAGACGGCGGCCAUUACAAGGUCAAAACUAACGGCGGCGAAUCCGUGGCCGAGCUCAUGGUGCAAGAGAAAGAACUGGAGGUCUACCAGAGCAUUGCCGACCUCACCGUGAAAGCGAAGGACCAGGCGGUGUUCAAGUGUGAGGUGUCGGAUGAGAACGUGAGGGGAACUUGGUACAAAAACGGAUUGGAGGUCAAACCCAAUGCCAGAAUCAAUAUCACACACAUUGGCAGGAUCCAUAAACUGACCAUCGAGAACGUCAAACCCGAGGACGAGGGAGACUACACGUUUGUGCCAGAUGGCUACGCCUUCAAUCUCUCUGCUAAACUUAAUUUCUUAGAGGUUAAGAUCGACUAUGUGCCGCGUCAAGACCCUCCUAAGAUCCACUUGGACUGUAUGGGCCACACGGCUGAGUCCACUAUCGUGGUUGUGGCCGGCAAUAAAUUACGGCUGGAUGUCCCGAUCACUGGAGACCCCGCUCCAACGGUGGUUUGGACCAAAGGAGGGAAGGUCAUCACAGAUGGAGAUGGUAGAGUUCACGUUGAAACCACCAAAGGACAUUGCAUCUUCACGAUUGAAGGAGCUGAGAGGCAAGAUGAAGGGAUGUAUUCUGUCGUGGUUCGGAAUCCCGCCGGGGAAGACACGGCGGACAUCAAUGUUAAAGUUGUCGAUGUUCCAGAUGCUCCUCAGGCUCCCAGGGUUCUCAGCGUCGGAGAAGACUCCUGUAUUGUGCAGUGGGACCCCCCUGUCUUUGACGGAGGACAGCCGAUUAUUGGCUACGUGCUGGAACGAAAGAAGAAGAAGAGUUACAGGUGGAUGAGACUGAACUUCGACCCCUACGCCGAAACAACCUACGAGGCCAAGAGGAUGAUCGAGGGCGUGGAAUAUGAAAUGCGGGUCUACGCCGUCAAUAGCAUUGGCAUGUCUUGCCACAGUCCAGCCUCACAACCGUUUGUGCCAGUUGCCCCGACAAGUGAGCCCACCGGACUCUGCGUGGACGACAUCAGCGACACUUCCAUUACGCUCAAGUGGCGGGCACCGGAAAGGAUCGGUUCGGCUGAACUGGAGGGUUACGGGGUUGAGUACCGCAAGGAAGGCACGGAUGAGUGGAUACCAGCCAUUCAAGGCCUGACCGAGAGAACCUCGUUGGUGAUCAGAGAUCUCACCACAGGAGACAAGGUGCAAUUCCGUGUGCGGGCGUUCAACAUGGCUGGUCCGAGCGCUCCCGCAACCCUGGCUCAACCUGUCACCAUCAGAGAGAUCAUGCAACGCCCUAAAAUUUGGCUUCCCCGGAAUCUCCGCCAGACUCUAAUCAAGAAAGUCGGAGACACUGUCAACCUGGUGAUUCCCUUCCAGGGUAAACCCAGGCCUCAAGUUACUUGGAGUAAAGACGGGCAGCCGCUGAACUCCACAUUCGUCAGCGUCAGAAACAGCGACACGGACACCAUCUUGUUCAUACGCAAGUCUGAACGGAACCACUCGGGGACGUACGACCUUCUGGUGCAGAUCGAAAACGUGGAGGACACGGCCAAGGUCAUGCUGCAGGUCGUCGAUGUCCCAGGACCCCCCGAGGCCCUGAAGGUCACGGAUGUCUGGGGUUUCAACGUUGCCCUGGACUGGAAGCCACCCAAAGACGAUGGAAACUGUGAGAUAACUGGUUACCGCGUUCAGAAAGCUGACAAAAAGACCAUGGAGUGGUUCACCGUCUUCGAUCAGUACCGCAGAACCAACUGUGUUGUGUCGGACCUCAUCAUGGGGAAUGAGUAUGUCUUUCGGGUCUUUACCAUCAACCCGGUGGGUCCCAGUCCGGAACCCCGGCAAACCAAGGACGGCGUCUACAUCCAGAAAACCGGCAUGGACUACAAGUUCCCCACCUUCAAGGAACCCGACUUCUCUGAGGCUCCCAAGUUCACGCAUCCCUUGGUGAACCGUUCGGUGAUCGCGGGAUACAACGCCACCCUCAGCUGCUCCGUCAGGGGCAUUCCCAAGCCUAAAGUGACGUGGUACAAAAACAAGAUGGACAUCACCAACGAAGCCAAGUACAGGAUGCUGAGCAAACAAGGCGUCCUGACUCUGGAGAUCCGCAAGCCCUGCCCGUUUGAUGGCGGCGUGUACACGUGCAAAGCCGUCAACGCCAGCGGCGAGGACGUGGUGGAGUGUAAGCUGGAGGUUCGCCCUCAAAUUGCAAAAGAAGAAAAGAAGUAAAGCUGGAGGAUCCAUCGUCUGCUGCAUCUCUCACAGCGUUCAUCACCAUGAGGACGUAGAAGACAAAGUGCUCAAUCGAAAUACAGCAGCAACAUAAUAUUGAUGAUUCUUAUGUUAUUGUUAUCGUUAGCAUUAGCGUGU